CCCGGGCUGAUUGGCUCCCGAGGCCGGCCCUCUCGAAGCGCUUUUUAUAAGAGUUGGGGUUGCCGGGCGCCCUGCCCGCUGGCCCGCGCGCCCCAGGAGCCACCGCCGGGCUCCGAGCGAGCGAGCGAGCUAGCGAGCGAGCGCCCCACGUCCAGGCUCCCGCCUGGCCCCUCCGCUGUCUUUGGAGUUGGCCGCGAGCGGACGGGAAAGGGAGGGAGCGCCCGAGCGAGCGGGCUGAGCGCCAUGCGCCGCGCCAGCCGAGACUACACCAAGUACCUGCGCGGCUCCGAGGAGAUGGGCAGCGGCGGCUCCGGCGCCCCGCACGAGGGCCCCCUGCACGCCCCGCCGCCGCCGCCCGCGUCGCCCCCGCCGCCCCAGCCGCCCGCCGCUUCCCGCUCCAUGUUCGUGGCGCUCCUGGGGCUGGGGUUGGGCCAGGUGGUCUGCAGCGUCGCCCUGUUCCUCUACUUCCGAGCGCAGAUGGAUCCUAACAGAAUAUCUGCAGACAGUACUCACUGCAUUUAUAGAAUUUUGAGACUUCAGGAAAAUGAAGAUUUGCAAGACGCAGCUCUGGAGAGUCAAGACACAAAAUUAAUGCCCGAUUCAUGUAGGAGAAUCAAACAGGCCUUUCAAGGAGCUGUGCAAAAGGAACUACAACACAUUGUUGGAUCACAACACCUGAGAGCCGAGAAAGCUGUCAUGGAAGGUUCAUGGUUCGAUCUGGCAAAGAAAGGCAAGCCUGAAACUCAGCCUUUUGCACAUCUCACUAUUAAUGCCACCAACAUCCCAUCAGGUUCCCGUAAAGUGAGCCUGUCCUCUUGGUACCAUGACCGAGGCUGGGCCAAGAUCUCCAACAUGACUUUCAGCAAUGGAAAACUGAUCGUUAACCAAGAUGGCUUUUAUUACCUGUACGCCAACAUUUGCUUUCGCCAUCACGAAACUUCCGGAGACCUAGCUACGGAGUAUCUUCAGCUGAUGGUGUACGUCACAAAAACCAGCGUCAAAAUCCCAAGCUCUCACACCCUCAUGAAGGGAGGAAGCACCAAGUACUGGUCAGGGAAUUCUGAAUUCCAUUUUUAUUCCAUAAACGUUGGGGGAUUUUUUAAGUUGCGAUCGGGUGAGGAAAUAAGUGUGGAGGUGUCCAACCCUUCCCUUCUGGAUCCAGACCAAGAUGCAACGUACUUUGGGGCUUUUAAAGUUCGAGACAUAGAUUGAGCCCUACUUUGCGGUACAGGGUCAGGUAUUUCCUAGAUGUCUGGGAACUCUUUAAUAAGAAGACGAGGAAGAUGUAUAUAGGUGUAUGAGACUACUAAGAGGCGUGGCCCACAAUGGUACAAGACUGCCCAUGUCCCUGACCCCGCGGAGAGCUUACCCACGAGUAUUCACUGCCAGUGGGCAGUGUUGGACUCCUGAUAUGUUACACAAUGGUUUUAAAAUUUUGUAAUGAAUUCCUAGAAUUAAACCAGAUUGGAGCAAUGACGGAUGCCUGUGAAAGAGUGCACGUGGGCUGUGGGAGGGAUUCAUCCUCUGCAUCUCACCCGUGGUUGUGUGCCACUUUGCAGCUCAAGCGGAGUGUGUGUCAUCUAUGGCAAAUGAAAUGACCAUUCAGAGGGUUAAGUUCUUUUGAAUUGUUACAUUGUGCUGGAACCUGCAAACAAAUACUUUUUCUAAUGAGGAGAGAAAAUAUAUGUAUUUUUAUAUAAUAUCUAAGGUUAUAUUUCAGAUGUAAUGUUUCCUGUGCAAAGUAUUGUAAAUUAUAUUUGUGCUAUAGUAUUUGAUUCAAAAUAUUUAAAAAUGUCUCACUGUUGACAUAUUUAAUGUUUUAAAUGUACAGACAUAUUUAACUGGUGCACUUUGUAAAUCCCUUGGGGGAAGCUUGUGGCUAACAGGGAAAAAAUGUUUCUUAAUACCAAAUGUACUAUAUUUCUUCAUUCUCUUUAACUUAAUAGAUUUGCCAGACUUGUCAAACAUGUAUAAAAAUAAUUAAAAUAGAUGCCUUGAAUAAUAAGCAGGAUGUUGGCCACCAGGUGCCUUUCAAAUUUAGAAGCUAAUUGACUUUAGAAAGCUGACAUUGCCAAAGAGGUACCUAAAGGGCUACUGAAAUCUGUCAGGAAUAUUUAUAAUUAUUGAACAGGUGUUUUUUUCUAUGAGUGCUACAAAUUGUAAAUUUUGUGGUUUUUUAAUAGAAAAGUUUAUUAGUUAUGAUCCACAAAAAAUCCAAUUUUUAACUUAGUGGAAGUUAUUUUAAACUGUACAA